UUGAAAACAUUUCUCAGUCACUUUGUAAACUUGUUGAUUGAUUUCACGAUUUGUAGGCAGAUUUGUUAGAAGUGGUGGUCUGAUGAGCCGUGAUUCCUGCUUCAACAGAAAGGAUUAGUUGACUGUCCCUGUCUCUGAUGUUGUGAAUUUUUGUGGACUUGUGAAGAACUUGUUAAACAGUACUUAUUGAGAUAUUGGAUUUUUAAUGAACGAAUUAUUCCCAUUUGAAACAGUGUCAUCAUUAUUAAAAGGACUACAUAUUAAUUAAAAUUUGAAAACAGGACCAUAUAAAAAGUACAUAAAUCAGACAUACUUCUUAUUACUAACAUUUCCAUGACAUGCUGAUAGUUAAAUACUGAAAAUGGCAGCAAUUUAUGUUUUUCAGUGUUUCCUUCUUUUGAACUUUUAUUCCAUAAUUGAGGGAAAUUCCGUGGUUUACAAUAUUGAUGAAACAGAUAUCCCUGCAACAUAUGUAGGAACUAUAUCUAAUAGUACUAACUUAAAGGAUUUAGCUGGUAAGGAUGACUUUGGAAAUCUUAAGUAUACUUUUCUUGGAACAGAUAGCCAGAUUCUAUCCCUAUUUAAGAUAGAUGAAAGAACAAGCAGAUUGGAAACAAAAGGCAUAGUAGACAGGGAAUCAGUUUGUGAGUUUACUAAAAUUUGUUCACUGAGCUUAGAUAUAGCUGUUCAGUCUACGAGGACCAGUUUCUUCUUAAAAAUUCCAGUAACUAUAUACGUAAAUGACUUGAAUGACAAUGCUCCUGUUUUCGAUAAACCAAACAUAACUUUGUCUUUAUCAGAAGCAUCCUUAGUUGGCACUAAGGUUACAAUAGAUGGUGCUAGAGACAGAGACACUAGUGAUGCUUAUUCCCUCCAAACCUAUGAGGUUUAUCCUGCUAACACACCAUUUUCGAUAGAAUUUGAGAAAAAAUUGGAUGGAACUUCAAUUGUCCGAUUGAAAGUUGAAAAAGCUUUAGACCGUGAGACACAGAGAUCUUAUCAACUUGAAAUUGUUGCCAAAGAUGGUGGUUCACCUCCACAAUCUGGUACCCUUUUCGCUAACAUCAUCAUUACUGAUGUCAAUGACAACCCACCAAACUUUGAGAAAACUCAAUAUAACAUCACCGUGAAGGAGGAUAUAAACAUUAGCUCUGUUAUUGGCACCAUUAAAGCAGUAGAUCUCGAUGAAGGUGAUAAUGGUAAGGUGACUUACAGGCUUUCAUCUCAUCAGUCUGACACAAUUCUUAACCUGUUUUCAAUAGAUCAUUUAACCGGGGAGUUAAGGGUAUCUAAAAAACUUUCAUAUGCACCAGGAAAAAAAUAUCAAAUAAUAAUAGAAGCUAGUGACACUGCUGAUCAGCCACUGACAUCACAAACUCGUGUUAUAGUAGUUGUUGAAGAUGUUGGAAAUAGUGCACCAGUUAUUGUUGUAAACCUUUUAUCUGGCUCUAAUGUAGCUCACAUCACAGAAUACGCAAAUAAAGGAACUGCUGUUGCUCACAUUGCCGUCAACGACGAUGACACUGGGGAUAAUGGUAAUGUCUAUUGUACGAUGACGUCUGACUAUUUCGAAUUGAUGUUACUUGGAAAUAAGGAAUAUAAUGUUGUAGUGAAGCAAAAGCUUGACCGUGAGACUAUACCAAACCACCAGGUGACUAUUUCAUGUCAAGAUAACGGAAAGCCACCUUUUAAUGUAUCCUCUGAGUUUAACAUUGAAAUUGAUGAUGAAAAUGAUAGUCCGCCAAAAUUUUCAUCUAUUCAAUAUACCGAGACAAUAUUUGAAGGGAACAAGAAGGGAGACGUGAUUGUACAGGUGUUUGCUAUAGACAAUGACCAAGGUAAAAAUGCAGAAAUUUACUAUUUCCUUGACAAUGAGGGAAGUCUAAUAUUCUCUGUAGAUUCUGUGACAGGAGUAGUAAGAGCUGCUAUUGAGUUGGAUAGAGAACAGACACCCACGAUAACAACCAAGAUCUUUGCUAUUGAUCAGGGAACACCUUCACUGACUGGCACUGCAGACAUUGUAGUUAAGAUUUUAGAUCUGAAUGACAAUUCACCAAAGUUCAAAAAAGAAGUAUUUCAAAUGGAAGUUUUUGAGAAUAAAGAGUCAGGAAUUGAAAUAGGACAGCUUUUUGCACAAGAUUUGGAUGGAGGUGACAAUGCAGAAAUAGUGUUCAAUCUACCAACAGGUACACCCAUUGACUUGCCGUUUCUAGUACUACCACAUGGUCAGAUAACAACAAAUAAGGUUCUUGAUAGAGAAACUCAGCCAUCAUAUGGAUUUUACGUCAUAGCCUAUGAUUUAGGGUAUCCACCAAGAACUAGUACCGCAAGUGUUGUAGUCACAGUGAAGGACAUGAAUGACCACCGUCCAGAAAUCAAAGGACCAAACUAUGCCAACAACACUUUCUCUAUCAGUCAGUCAUCUAAAGCUGGUCGUAUCAUUACCACCGUUGUAGCAUACGAUAAAGACAAGGAUAAAAAUAGUGAUUUGGUAUUUUCCAUUUUAAAUACUGCUACAUAUUUCUCCAUAGAUCCUAAAAGUGGGGCUAUAUUUUUAGAAAAAGACAUUGACGUGAAGCCAGGGACAUCAUUCAGUUUAGAAAUAGAGGUAUCUGACGAGGGUGUUUAUCCCCAGAAAAGUUUUUUGACAUUGACUGUUGUGGUAGGAACAGGAGAACAAACUGCUGCAUCGAACACUACAAACAUGGUUAUUGUGAUUGUUCUUGUAUCAUUGACAAUUGUAGCAUCGACCAUUAUCAUUGCCGUUAUUAUUUUCUUAAGGAGAGUUGAUAGAAAUGCCAAAGCAUCAAAAACAAAGCCAGAUUAUUAUUCUGGUGGUACUGUGAUAGACCCAAGUGUGACAGUUUUCUCACUUCCAGACGAUUCAAUUCUCUGUAGCGACAAGAAGAAAAAGAAGGAAGUCAGUUUCUCCAUUGAUGAUGACCAGGAUCACAUUGGUUCUUUACAGCUUCCUACAAAGACAGACCAUCCAUUUGAUAAAAUGUUUGUGGAUAAAGAUAAAAGACAAGGAGAUGAUAGUCACAGUAUAGGAUCAACCAGUGAUAGUGGGCGUGGCAACAGUGAUGACGAGACCAGUCGAUCACCGCAUUCAACAGGUAACAGAACCCAACAUAAAGCAAGACAGGGAAAGCAUUCUGGAAACUCAGACACAGUGUUCUCACCGAGAAAAAUCUCACAUUCCCAACCACUGCUGUAUAGUCCUUCAAAAAUGAAUGAACAGCAUGGUUCUAGACCAUUAAAGUUUCAUACAGACAAUCCGAGAAAUAUUUUUCAUUUCGACCAGCAAGAAAAUGGACCAGUGAUUGACUGUGUUGUCUGACCAAUCAGAUACCAGUCAUGACUUGACCGCCAUAUUGUUGUCUGUGAUAAACUUUAAAAUGUGUUCAAAACAAUAUUUAUAAAAUUUUGAAUGUUGUAUGUUUUAAGUGCUGUUUAGAUUCUACAAAAUAUUGCCAUUUCUUCAAAACAUUUUGAUAUGGAAUUGUGAUAAAGCAUACAUUCUGCAUCUUCUCUAGAGGAGUAAAAUCUGAAAAUCCAAAAAUCUUCCAUUGUGUGAACUCUGUAUACAAGUAUGAAACAUUGAUUAUAGCAAUCAAAUAAAAAAAUGAUGUUAUCAAGUUGGAAGGUGGAUAAACUCUUGGAAUUAAUUGAAGAAAAUCUUAGUACCUCAAUCUGUAAAGAAGAGCUGAUAAUAGACCAACUGAAGGCAGGAUUAUAUAACAUUUUCAAUAGACACCUUCUGAUCAGAAAUGGAACAUGUGUUCUUUGUGGUAUGACCUGUAUGAGGAGAUGUACACACAUUAGUGUGUAGUGUGACUGUCCCAAACAGGAGCUGUACACAUAUUAGUGUGUAGUGUUGACUGUCCCAAACAGCUGUUUUAUACACAGAACCAAUAAUUAUGGAGAACUGACUUGAAUUUGGUUUAAAUGAUGUUUGAAUGAUGAGAAUAUGCAAGACUUUUGUUUAACAUUAUGUUAGAGAUUUGAUUUAUUUAUUUGGAAGUAGAAGAUACAUGAAAGUUUUGUCUCUCAAAACUUUUAUUAGAGGUAUCAGAGUAUAAUGAUUUUCUAUGUGUAUGAUGGAAUGUAGUUAUGGCACAUGGACACUCUUGUUCUUGUCUAACUGUGCUUUAGGUCUUUGAUUCCAAUAAUGCAGUUUCAGCAUAUCAAAAAUGUACAUGAAGAGUAAAUGGCAAUGUGUUUUUCUUUAAGAUGUAAACUUGCUCAAAUCUGCAUGGUAUUAAUAGGGUAAUUUUAAACCAAUAGACUUAUCAAAUUAAAUAUAUUGGGCUUAAAUUAACUGUAAAUUCCUCUUCAAAAUAUUUGUUUCUCUCAAUAAUAAAUAGUUUUUGCAAUGUUUUGUUAAAGGUUUUAUCUUGCAUCUGUAUUAAUAGUGAAGUUGUGCAAUAAUGAAAGUCAUAUUAAAGAUUAAAACCAGAUAACUAUGACAUUUAUUUUAAUUUAAAACGAUUUUGAAUAGAACUGGCAUGAUCUAACAUUAAAAUAGACAUGGCAACAACCCAACAAAAGAAUAAUGAAAAAUUUUGGAAAUCUGCAAUGAUGAUCUUGAUUGUUUAUGCUAGUAAAUUUUGUUCAGAAAAUACUUCCAGUAAAUAAAAUUAGAGAAAUAAUGACUUUUGGAAAUUUAUAGAAAUUAAGUCAGUUCAUUUUGCUACUUUGUCACUACGAUUGAAUAUGUUAAAAUAUUUUGAUCUUAUGGAAUGUAAGUCUACAUUGUACUCAUGCACUGCAUGUAUUGGUUUGAGAAAUUCACAUUUAUUCAUUUAUUUUAGGAGAUAAUAAUCCCUUAUGAGUAUUAAAAGUUAAUUCUAUAAAUCCCAUGUUUAUAUAAACUAGUUAUAUCUAGAAAAUAGGCAGCUAAUUGAAUAAAAAUCUCUGUUUCGCAGUAGGUUAUAACAGAUUCAUAAUAUUUCCUUUCAUCUAGAGUUUAGAAAGAAGAUGUUGGAGGAAGCUUUGGGGGUUUAUACUCUUGCAUAAUGUUUAUGAAAAAGUUUGUAUCAACUUUGAGGUUAACUUUUCUAAAUAUUUUGACAGAUAUUUCUCAGCAUACAGCUAUUAAAUUUCAAUCAGAAAGUUGUGAGUCAAAAUUAUUUGUUAUUUUUGAACAGUGUUUGAUAACAAAAUGGUUUUUAGGUAUAUAUGAAUUUUUCCUGCCUUUAUUUCGCAAUCAGAGUGCAGAUAGAUGUUAAAGUACAUCUAUUGAGUUGAAAUAUUUGUUGAUAUUUUUGUACUUUGUAAAUUUUAAGAAUUGUUUUGUAUUUUGACACAAAUUAUGCAUAUGUUCAGUUAUGUUUGUAUAUUUUUUUUUAUCAAAAAAGAAUCAAAAUGCAUAAUAACAGAAAUAAAAAAGAUUUGAAAAACUGA